AUGGAGGGCCAUAACGGCACAACACCGUACAACAGUUACGCUGGCGCAAGUGCCGCCAUCGUUAUCACGGGGGCAAUUGUGCUCGAUGGUGCCAUAAAGUGGGCACAGAGACGAUGGAGACUUUCGAGCAGCACCGACGAUGAUCGUGCCGCAAGGCAUGUGUACGAGGACUGGGCAAAGGCCGGCGCCCCCUUCGGCGCCAGCAACAGCGGAACCAGGUCAUCUUCCGUCCGGUACGGGCGAGGCGAGCACGGGGCGGGUUCGACUCUAGCCCUUUCGACCUUUCGGCCGUCCGCAAGGUACGGGCGAGCCACGACCGACACCACUUCGCCCGGUGCCAGGCGGGUCGCCGUGCACUUUCUGUGCCGGUUGCUGGCGGAGAUGUCGGCAAGGCAGCCGUUUAGCUCGCCGGCACCCAUGAUCGUCAUCUCCUUGACGGCGGACAACUUUCGAGUCCCCCCCCCGCCUUACCUGCGUCUAUGCCAUUCCUCGCAGUUCCCGCCGGCUACUCCCCCCCCCGGCUCGAUACUCCUCAACAGGGGUAUCGACGGCUCGAUGGUGAGGCCGGGCCGUGCCACCGCCGCCCCCCUCAGCAUCCGGUGGCUCGAUAUCGAGAUGGAGGAGGAGGAGGAGGCCCGCAGGCGCGAGCGCGACGCCAGGCUGGCGGAGGAAGAGGAGGAGGCCCGCAGGCGCGAGCUGGACGCCAUGUUGAGCGCUGGCGGCGGCGGCGGCGGCACAGAGGGGGGCUCUUCGUGGGCGGUCCACCCGGAGGCUGCGGCGGUGGAGGGGGCCCCCCGCCGCUGGGAGAGCACCAGGGUGGUGGUGGUGGUGGUGGGGGAGGAGGAGGAGGGUGCCGCCGGCGACGAGGAAGAGGAAGAGCAGGAGGGUGCCUCGUCGACGAUCCAGCCGGAAGCUACGGCGGAUUAG